CUCCCCGCGGGGCCGCUCCACCGCCGGCCGGGGACGGGGGGGCGCGGCCGCUGCGGCCGCCGAUCCCCCCGCGGGACCCGCCGCCGCCCGUCAUGAACUUCGGGGACCCGGAGGAAGCGUUCCGCAGCAAGAGCGGCGCCGAGCUGCUGCGGGGGCUGCUGGUGCUGGGGCUCUGCGCCGUGGAGCCGCUGGUGGAGCACAACCGGGAGCUGCUGCAGCUCUGCCAGCGGGUGCUGGGGCAGGCGACGUUCGAGCGGCUGAUGAAGAUGACCUUCUACGGGCAGUUCGUGGCCGGGGAGGACCAGGAGGCCAUCAAGCCGCUCCUCCGGCACAACCAGGCCUUCGGCGUGGGCGCCGUGCUGGACUACAGCGUGGAGAAGGACCUGGACGCGGAGCGCUCGGAGCGGCACUCCGGCACCUCUGCAGCCGAGAUGAUGAGAGGAGCAGAGCAAAGGGAGAGGCAGCAGCGAGCCCAGGCAGGCGCUGGGGGGCGCGGUGGGGCCAGCAGCACCCACACCUACGGCCACGCUGAUGAGGCCAAGUGUGACCAGCACAUGGAGAUCUUCCUGCACUGCAUCGAUGCCUCGGGCGGCAGCUCAGAGAACGGCUUCUCGGCCAUCAAGAUGACAGCGCUGGGCAGACCUCAGUUCCUGGUGCGGCUCUCGGAGGUGCUGGUGAAGUGGAGAAGGUUCUUCCACCAGCUGGCUGUGGAGCAGGGCCAGGCUGGGCAGCCAGCACUGGGCAUCAAGCUGGAGCUGGAGAAGCUGCAGGAGGCCUUGGCCAACCUUGGCGUCGCCACCAAGGAGGAGAGCCAGCAGUGGUUCACAGGAGAGAAGCUGGGCAGGAGUGGCACUGUGGACCUGCUGGACUGGAACAGGCUGGUCGACAUCCAGACCAAGCUCACCAGGCGCCUGGUCGUGCCCAACGUGCAGACCAGGCAGCUUGAGCCUCUGCUGUCACGCUUCACCGAGGAGGAGAACCUGCAGAUGCAGAGGGUGCUGCAGCGGUUGGAGGUCCUGGCCAAGAGAGCCACAGAGAAGGGCGUGAGGCUGAUGGUGGACGCAGAGCAGAGCUACUUCCAGCCAGCCAUCAGCCGGCUGGCGCUGGAGACGCAGCGGCGCUUCAACGGGCACCAGCCCAUCGUCUUCAACACCUACCAGUGCUACCUGAAGGAGGCUUAUGACAACGUGACGGUGGACGUGGAGCUGUCCCGCCGGGAGGGCUGGCACUUCGGUGCCAAGCUGGUCCGUGGUGCCUACAUGGAGCAAGAACGGGAGAGGGCAGCCAGGAUCGGCUAUGAGGACCCUGUCAACCCCACCUACGAGAAGACCAACGAGAUGUACCACAGGUGCCUGGACUACCUCCUGGAGGAGAUCGGGCAGAGCAGGAAGGCCAACGUGAUGGUGGCCACCCACAACGAGGACACUGUCAGAUUCACCCUGCGCAGGAUGGUGGAGCUCGGGAUCCACCCCUCGGAGAAGAAGGUGUGCUUCGGGCAGCUGCUGGGCAUGUGCGACCACAUCACCUUCCCCCUGGGCCAGGCGGGGUUCCCGGUGUACAAGUACGUGCCGUACGGGCCGGUGCGGGAGGCGCUGCCCUACCUGUCGCGGCGGGCGCAGGAGAACAGAGGCUUCCUGCAGCGGGCGGCGCGGGAGCGGGACCUGCUCUGGCGGGAGGUCAAGCGGCGGCUCCUGGCCGGGAGCCUCUUCAGCCCCGGCCGCUAGCCCCGGCCGUGCCCCCAGCCCGGCGCCCGCGUCCCAGCUCUGCUGCGGCUCCCCCUCUGCCCCGGGGGGGGACUCGUCCUUGCUGCUGUUUGAACCUCGUAGCCCUUCUGGAGGGCGCUGCUGCAGGGAUGCCCACGGGAUGCCCAUGGGAUGCCCCCCACUGUGCCAGGGGCGCUGCAGCUGUGCCCGCCCUGGGGGCUCGGAUGGGGCUCCCUGUCCCUGAGGUUUCCCCUUCGGAGCUCGCAGGAGGAGAUUUGGCUGCCUGCUUGGUGCCAUAGGCUCAGGUCCAGGGGGGCUUGGACACAAGCUGACCUCAGCCAGAAGCUCCUCUGGCCCUGCCAGGGCUUGGGCUCUUGCAGCUCCACGGAGGCAGAUGCCAAAGCAGAGCCCACAGUGCCCUGUGGAGUGGGCAGAGUCUGCCCCCAGUGCCCAUCCCCAGGGCAGCCACCGCUUGCCUGCUCACCAGCUUUGCACUGACCAGACCUGGGCUGGUCCUGGGCAGGACCAAGCUCUCUGCCAUCCACUGGGCUAAGAAGAGCCAAAGCUGCCUGGAGUUGCCCAUCCUCGGACGCACAUCAGAGGGCUGUCCCUGCCCUGUCCCUGCCCUGUCCCUGCCCUGUCCCUGCCCUGUCCCUGCCCUGUCCCUGCCCUGUCCCCUGCCCGUGUUGCAGGCAGGGCUGGUGGCUGUGGCAGCACAGGAGCCAGGCCACAGCUCAGCUCUGCUCUACACUGGAUCUGUAGAGGAUGGUGAUGAUUAAAUCAGACCUGUUCUUGC